GAGGGCUCACGCCUCCGUCGCAGUGGCAUCGCCUCCUGCCAUGUUUUUACCAUGCCUUCCUCAUCAGAGAUCGAGAUCGUCUUCUAUAUGUGCCGCUGCUGCUCAUUUUGCGGUGGUCUCGUCAGAAGAGCCGUUCGCAUGCUGGUGAGCUCACCGUGGUAGGAGGAGGAGAAGGAGAGGGAGGGGGAGGAGAUCGAGGGAUGGGCCGGCCGCCGUGCUGCGACAAGGCGAACGUGAAGAAGGGGCCGUGGACGGCGGAGGAGGACGCCAAGCUGCUGGCAUACACCUCCACCCACGGCACCGGCAACUGGACCUCCGUUCCUCAGAGAGCAGGGCUGAAGAGGUGCGGGAAGAGCUGCAGGCUGAGGUACACCAACUACCUGAGGCCCAACCUGAAGCACGAGAACUUCACGCAGGAGGAGGAGGAGCUCAUCGUCACCCUCCACGCCAUGCUGGGGAGCAGGUGGUCGCUGAUCGCGAACCAGCUGCCGGGGAGGACGGACAACGACGUGAAGAAUUACUGGAACACCAAGCUGAGCAAGAAGCUGCGACAGCGUGGCAUCGACCCCAUAACCCACCGCCCCAUCGCCGACCUCAUGCAGAGCAUCGGCACGCUCGCCAUCCGCCCCCCGCCCACAGCCGGCGUGGCCUCGUACGUCCCGGCCAGCCAGGCCGCCCCACCGGCAUUCACGGCAUACCACGACGCCCCGUACUUCGCCGCCCUGCCGCAGCAGCAGGUCGUUACGAAGGUCGAGGCCGACGCGCCCGUGUCGCCGGAGCAGAAGCCCCACCAGCUCAACUGGAGCGACUUCCUCGCCGACGAUGCCACCGGCGCGGCGCUCGCCGGGCACGCUGACGCGCCGCAGGCUGCUCUCGGCCAGUACCAGGAGGGGCCGGCAGCGGCGGCUACCGGCAUUGUGGGAGGCCGCGCGUUCGGUGACGUCGACGGUGCAUCUGGCGCCGUCGACGACGGCGCGGGGGCUGCGUCGGCGUUCAUCGACGCGAUCCUCGACUGCGACAAGGAGAUGGGGGUGGACCAGCUCAUCGCCGAGAUGCUCGCCGACCCAGCCUACUACGGCGGCGGCGGCGGCGGCUCCUCCUCGUCGGAGCUCGGGUGGGGUUGCUGAUUAGUUGUCUGCUUAAUUACACUGUUGUGGUGUUUUUACUUUUACCUUAGAUCGCCGAUUCCAAUUUAUGUAUUUAACCAUUGGUUUAUCAGUUAGACAAUUACUCUGCUACGCUCUAGGAUGUGUGAAGUCAUUAAUUAAGUCGAGCAGUACUGCAGUAGCAUGAUCUAUCGCUGGAAAUUUGACAUAAUAAAUCAAUCAAGCAAUCUAGCAGUACUGCAGUAGCAUAA